CCGGCGCGGUAAUUACGACGCAUUAGAAAAUGGGCUCGAGGAGCAGGCCGUUGAGGAACACAGGUCCACUUCCGCUCAGAGAAAACAUCCCUUGCGACCAGCGACACAAAUUGAAAAUUGAAGAACUGCAUCUGGAGCAGGGGUGGUGUCGCGGACUGCAAGCGAACGAGCGGCUUUCGCGGCACCACACGCUGUCGAGCGCGAGACAGCGCGUUGACUGGCCUAGUCCGGCGCAGGACCGCCUCGACCUGGCCCUUUCGGCCAGGUACCACCACUCCAACGACCUUUUCGUGCCUCCAGGCUACUUCUACAUGCAGCCUGAAACGCUCGGCGAGCAGACAUGGAGGGUAUUACGAAACCAGUUGCCGCAUUUUUUGUACGAGAGGGAGCUGCACGAGCGGCACCCUCUGCAGGUCAGGCCGCACCAGCAACGAAACCUGGCGCACGAGGUCAAGGCCGACCCAAGCAGUGACCACCUCGUGCUCACCAGGCCAAACUACCACCGUCGCGAUGACGGCGCCUUCUUCAAAGUUUAA